UCUAAAAUGGAACAAGACGUAGAGACGAGUUUUAGAACUCUCUGUUGUACAUGCUUGAGCACUGAUCGAAAUGUGAUCUCAAUAAAUGGUUUAACAAACAUUUAUCAAGUUUUCAGACUUCUUAUGUAUGACUACGCGGGUGAUAGGUACGGGGAUUCCAUAAUAGAACUGGAUCAGCUGGUAUGCUGGGAGUGUCUGGCCAUCAUGAAAAAGUUCAGCAAGUUCAAACGGCAGGUGCACAAUGCGCAGGAGCAUUUAAGAGUGCUAGCCAUGAGUCAGGCUCAAGAGACUAUGGACCACACGUACAUGUCGCAAUCCCUUUCAUCACUGGAGUCCGUCAUAAAGACCGACUUUGACAGGGUCGUAGUGGACUGUAGGGCUACUGACAAGUCUACGGAGUGGCCACAGCACUAUAUAACUAUAAGCACCACCCCGAAUGUUAAAAAUGAGGGGUAUGAUGUUGCUCAGGCACUGCGAGAUCAUAUCAGUUUGGGGAUAGAAGACCACGUGAUGGGAGUGCCAGAAAUAGUGCUAGAGAACCCGGUCUCUGGAGUUAUGUCCCACAUCGUGGUGGAUGCCAGCUCAUUGGUCUCAGCCGAUGAAACUUACACUGAGCAGUCUGUUAAAGGGGAAAUGCCUGAGUUGACUCUCGACUCAACAGCGAUCGGCGAAACGGUCAUAAUAACUCAAACGCCCAAGCCUGAGACUAAACCCGACCUGAAAUGCGGUUACAUCACAGAGUAUAUGACUGAAGCUGACAUGUUGGCUGCUAGGGAAGAACAAAAGAAGAAGAUCCACUAUGUAUCGCUGGUGUACAAGUGUGAGUUGUGUAUCGUUGGGUUCUACACACAACAGCAGGUGGAAGACCACUUCCUCACGUUGCAUAGAGAGAAACCCGGACACUCACCCUGUAGAAUAUGCUACGUCUAUAUUGCGGACGAUAAGUUGACGGGACACACAGACAGUCACUAUAUCAGGCGUGUCUGUAAAAUGUGUAACCAUAUUGAAUACAGCGUUCAACUGAUUGCUCAACACGUGCGCGAGCAUUUGAGCAAACCCAAACCCAACUCGCUCAUACAGAUCGACGAUCGUCCGGAGCGGCAAAAGAAGCGUAAGAAAAAAAACAAAAUAAAAGAGGAACCGGAAACGCCACCGAAACCGGGUGAUCUUCGCAAGUUGCUGUCAAAAACCACUAUAGUAGGAUAUAAAUGCUUAGAGUGUGAAAUGUUUUUCAAAACGUCCCGGGCGCGUAAGAAUCACGUGGCAAGAGUGCACAGGGAGGGGUUGCAGUGCGACCAUUGCAAGAAGAGAUUCGUCAAUCGAACAACUCUGGCUACACAUCUUAGGUUACACGAAGGCCCCCUACCUCGGGAAGAAUGCCCCAUCUGCCACAAGAUGGUCCGUUCAAUACAGAUAAAGUACCACAUACAGCGUCACCAGAACUCUACCCGCUAUGAGUGUAAAGAGUGCAACAAGACAUUCUCUCACCUCGCGACCUACCAAGCGCAUCUCAAGUACUCGCGACCGCACGCCUCUGACCAGAUCUUCAAGUUCCCAUGCCCAAUGUGCAAUAAAGGCUACCCCACAAAGCAAGCAAUGCAGGACCACUUCAACUAUCAGCACCUGGGCAAAACCACGCACAAGUGCCCCGUGUGCAGCAAACCCAUAGCCUCCCGAGCUAAUGUGGAGAAACAUAUGAUGCGGGUGCACGGAGAGAAGAAAUCCAAGCCGAGGAACCACGUGUGCCAACAGUGUAGCAAGGCCUUUACCGAUAAGAAAGCGCUGACUCAGCACGAGGUGAUCCACUCGGGAGAGAGACCGCUGAGCUGCGACAUCUGUCAGCAGACCUUCAAGCAGAAAGCCUCGCUUUACACGCACAGGAAGCGAGUCCACAAAGUGUUCCCGGCCAAGCGACAUGUCGAGUUCAUGGAGAAGGCUGAAUAGAACUUCAACUGAGACUCAUAGGCGAAGACUCCUCCUAUCUCUAUCUCUAUCCAAAAAGAGGGGUGUUAUAAGUUUGACGUGUGUAUCUAUGUAUCUGUCUGUGGCAUCGUAGCUCCUAAACUAAUGAACCGAUUUUAAUUU